AUGAGAGUUUUGCCACAUAGUCUUGUCGGUGAGGAUCAACUCAGUGCCAUGGUUGUUUACAAGUUGUCUAACAUCGAAAUGGAUUUGAUCCCAAAUUUGGUAGGUAAUGCUAAAGAGGAUGCUUGGGACGUCAGACGUCGACGUACCUCAGACCAUCAGAUGCCAUUCUUUCAUGGGGCGGUAGUGAGUGCUGGUCUCAAGUAUCGAUUUAUUAUUGCCGUACUACUUGUAUAUAUCCUCUAUUCUCAAUGGCGACAUAAUAAUGAUCUCUUUUUAAUUAUAGAAAAAGCAGGGAAUGAUUUGUCUUUGUGUCAAAACUAUGCCGAAAGUUUGGUUGCAAAAUUGCGAGUUAUCUAUGAUCACAAGAUGAAAAUGGAGAAGAUUUUCAAUUCAAAACGGGUAUCUUCACAAGGAAAACGUAAAGUCUUUGAACAUUUGUGGCAUCUAUGCGAAGAGAACCUGACAUCUAUCACGUUGGAACUCGAUGAGUGCCGUAGUGGUAAACGCGACCAGAUUCCCCACCCGGAUUUGUCUGGAGCCGUACUACUCAACCGACUUCAAGGUUAA